AUGCAAAUGGUGGUAAUUACACCAACUCCAUCUCAACCUGAGAUGUCUGAAACUGGAAGGGCUAUCCUUCAAAAAGAAAUUGUUGUUACUAAUUUUCUAGAUGCUAAAACAACAACUCAGCCCAUUCCAGACACUGGUGACCAAUCAGAGACUAACAACUAUGUAGGGUUUAUUGAUCUUGGUUUCAUGCCACAAGUUGUUGUGCCUGCUGUUCCGUUGAAUCUUAAUCAUCGAAAGAGGAAGGCUUCCUCUUCAAGGGGAGCUCAUGAUGCUAAAGGUAGAAGUUUUGUUAUUGGUGAUCCUUCAGCACCUGCUCCUUCAAAGAAAAGCAUGAAAGGAAACUCAUUAUUGAUAUGGAUAAGUUAG